AUGUCGACCUCGAUAGAUCCGAACGCCGUCACAGACAGCACAGACUGGCUACAAACACCGCUCCCAUGCCUAGCGCCACUAGAAUCAUCACUCCGCUGCCAGGUCUGCAAAGAGGUCUUCACAACGCCAAUGAUCACAAGCUGCUCGCACACGUUCUGUUCGUUGUGCAUACGGCGGUAUCUCAGUCAAGAGGGCAAGUGCCCAUCAUGUCGGACGCCAGACCAGGAAAUGAAGUUGAGGCACAAUUGGGCUGUUCAAGAGCUGGUCGAGAUCUGGUCGGAGAGCCGAGAGAAGAUAUUUGCAUUUGCCAAAAACGCCGCUGAUGAUCAGCCACGCGAAGUAGAAGAAGGAGAAAGGCCAAAGAAGAGACGGAAAUUAGACGAGAAACCGAUCAUCGUACAGAAAAGCGGCCUCUCUGAGCGGCGGAGCACACGCAGUCAAAGCCGACGGACAGCCUCACACGCCAGCCAGUCCAUCGCGAGCCUACCAUCAACGCAAGAAGAGGUCGCCGACAGCGAGGACGGUGGCAGCGUAUACGCCGUCUCGCCCAAGGUCGACAGCCGCCACAUUCAACAACCCGCCGCCGAACCUAACGACGGGCUAGUCGGAUGCCCAAAUUGCACAAGAAGGAUGAAAGAGGCACUCAUCAACACGCACCUCGACAAAUGUCUACAAGGCCUCGCCGGCUCCCCUACACCGCCGCCGCGGACCCCAUCUGCGCAGCGCAACCACGCCCCCUCACCCUCUCACGGCCUUCAGGCGGGCACCAUAGCAUACACAACCACCAAACCCACUACGACCUCCACUCUCCAGCGCCUCCCCGCGAUGAACUACGGUACACUAAACGAGAACGCCCUCCGCCGCAAACUCAAAGACCUCGGCAUUCCAAACCACGGUAAUAAGGAGCUCAUGCGACGGCGGCACACCGAGUGGAUGAACUUGUGGAACGCGAAUUGCGAUAGCUUGCAGCCAAUUCCGAAGAUGAAAUUGCUGCGUGAGUUGGAUGUGUGGGAGCGGAACCACAGUCGGGACGAGCGACAGCGGCAGCAGAUGGGCGCGACGGGGAAUGGGAAUGGUGGUGGGGUGAUGGAGAAGGAGUUUGAUCGCGAGGGAUACAUGCGGAAGCAGAAGGAUGGCUUCGAGGAUUUGGUGAAGAAAGCGAGAGAGUCUCGGAUGGCGAAGGCGGCGGCAGCUGCGACUGCCACGCCAGAUGAGCCAUUCGCGGCGGCAGGCUCGACUCUCGUGAAUGGCAGUGGCCCGACGGAGGAAGCAACCACCCUCGAAGACAAGCCCAGUGUAAGCAGCAACGCAGCUGAUGCGCCGCCGCUCGCGCCUGCUGCUCCCGUCGAACACCCCGUCGGGCCGAUGCUGAACGGUCUCCACCCUUCGCAUAUGCAGGAUCACCACCCAUAUGAACAGGAAUGGCAACUGUCCAGACCACAAUCUUCGCAAACAUGA